AUGACUGCGUCACGGACGAGCGGGGACGUUGUGGCGGUGAUCACGAGGAUUGGCUACGGCGGCGAUGUCUGGGAAGUGCGAAUUGACCUGGUGACGCCUAUACCUGGGCCUGUUGCCGACCACGGUGUCCCACCACUAUCUUACAUCGAAGAGCAGGUCAAGCUUCUGCAGUCCAUCGGCCCGCUGCCGCUUCUGUCUGCAAUGCGCACCAAGUCCCAGCGAGGAAAGUUCAAGGAUGACGCUUACUAUGAGGCGCUGGCCCUAGUGCCUCUGGCGGUCAAGCAGGGGCUUGCGUACGUUGAUGUUGAGCUCGGGCGGCCGGCUUAUCUUUGA